CAUUCGUCUCAUUUUCCAUUCCGAUCGCAUUCAUUUCCGAAAGUCCCCCAAAAAGUCGGAAAAAUCCCUAAAAAUCAUUGAAAUUCAUCAAAAUGAGCAAAGCAGCAGAAGUAACAAAGUUGAUGUCACGCCUCCGGAUCAACUAUCAGUCACGUCAUCGAAAUUUGAAGCAAAUUGACGGACCUGAAGGACGUAUCAACAAGCUCCGAAAGACCGUAACGGGUCUCGUGAAGAACGAACGGAUUGAAUUGCAUUACGCGAGAGCUGACGAGGCUCGUGGUUAUGCUGAACGUUUAAUUUCUGAUGCCAUCCGGUACGGGGAAUGUCAUCGUCCGACAAUGGAGAUGGCGGAUUUUUGGCUGCAAGAGAAGCAAUUGGUGCACAAAUUGUUCAAAGUUUUGGUCCCGCGAUACGAAACUUUUCCUCUUUCGUACACAAGAAUGUGGAAGGCGCCUCGCGAAUAUCCCGGGCACUUUAGAUUGAACGCCGUUUUGGAGUUACGAGGCAACCCGUUCCCCUCAUUGGAACAACCAACGAGUAAAAGACGAAAUUUAUUGCAUAAUGUGCUUCUGGAUGAGGCUCGAAAGCAAAAUACGAUGGAAAAACUCGAAAAAAUCGAAUUAAAUCCCAAAAAUUAGGAUUUUAAGGUCUUUAGUGUAGGAAAUUUGAAUAAAUUAGUCCGUUCGUCGGUGUA